AACAACGUGGGAGUCUCCUCCAAGUUGCAAAAACCCAGACUGACGCCGCCUAAACCCUCGCUCUUCACACGCACUUCGGCGACUGCUUCAUAUUUUGUUCUCAAAUGGGUUCCUCACGCUUCGUUUUCGAAGUUCCAAGCGAUGAAGAGGUUGCUGACCUGUCGGACGUUCAAAGGGAAGAAGAAGAAGACGACGACGUUGAGAAGAACGAAACUGAUUCCCGAGCUAAGAAGAAGAAAUCCCAAUCGCCGUGGGACUUCUCUGCCUAUUGCGGGUCAGUUGAUGAUGAACAUGCCUCCCGGAACACUACGUCAAUAGAUUACAAAAUCUCCAAGGCUGCCCAACAGCGCUCUGCCCCAAUUGCUGCAUUGGACGAAGACAGUGAUAGCGAUUCUGAGCCACACCACCAGGAGGACUAUAUACCAGAGGACGAUGAUGACGAUGACGUGGACACUAGCGUGGGAGUCAAAAACCCAUUCUUUACCUCAGCUGAUGGGGUCUCUUUCCAUGCUGACUCGUUCAUUGAUCUUAAUUUAUCUAGGCCAUUGAUUCGAGCUUGUGAAGCAUUGGGUUAUACCAAGCCCACCCCAAUUCAGGCUGCUUGCAUUCCAUUGGCAUUAACUGGCCGUGAUAUAUGUGGAAGCGCUAUUACCGGUUCUGGGAAGACAGCUGCCUUUUCAUUACCAACUUUAGAGAGACUCCUGUACCGGCCUAAAAACAGGCCUGCUAUUAGAGUACUUAUUCUUACCCCAACCCGCGAGUUGGCUGCUCAAGUCCAUAGUAUGGUAAAAAAGCUUGCCCAAUUUAUGACUGAUAUCAGAUGCUGUUUGAUUCUUGGUGGGCUUUCAGAAAAGGACCAAGUUUCUGCUUUGCGAUCAUUGCCGGAUAUUGUUGUUGCCACUCCAGGGCGCAUGAUAGAUCAUCUUCGCAAUUCUAUGUCCAUUCAUCUGGAUGAUCUUGCUGUUCUUAUUCUUGAUGAAGCAGAUCGUCUUCUGGAACUUGGCUUCAGUGAAGAAAUUGGCGAACUGGUUAGACUCUGCCCUAAGCGUAGGCAGACGAUGUUAUUUUCUGCUACCAUGACGGAAAAAAUUAAUGAGCUUAUGAAGCUUUCUUUGAAUAACCCUGUGCGCUUAUCUGCUGAUCCAUCUGCAAAGCGACCUUCAACAUUGACAGAAGAGGUGGUUAGGAUACGGCGAACGCGGGAAGCAAACCAGGAAGCUGUGCUUCUUGCCUUGUGCUCCAAAACAUUCACAUCUAAAGUGAUUAUUUUCAGUGGAACAAAACAGGCUGCCCAUAGGUUAAAGAUUUUAUUUGGUUUAGCUGGUUUCAAAGCUGCUGAGCUACAUGGAGACCGUACUCAAGUUCAGCGCCUUGAUGCAUUGGAGCUUUUCAGGAAACAUAAGGUGGAUUAUUUGAUAACAACAAAGCUUGCGGCUCGUGGACUUGACAUUAUUGGUGUUCAAACUGUUAUCAAUUAUGCAUGUCCCGAUACUUUCACGAGUUACAUACAUCAAGUGGGACGUACAGCUAGAGCUGGUAAAGAAGGCUAUGCUGUUACAUUUGUCACUGAUAAAGAUCGCUCACUUCUGAAAACCAUCGCUAAACGUGCUGGUUCUAGCAUGAAGAAUCGAGUUGUUUCUGAGAAAUCAAUAAUUAAAUGGGCUAAAAUUAUAGAGCAAAUGGAAGAGCAAGUUGCAGAAAUACUUCAGGAAGAGAGGGAAGAAAUGGCUAUGAGGAAAGCAGAAAUGGAAGCAACAAAGGCAGAAAAUAUGAUUGCACAUAAGAAUGAGAUUUUUUCUCGCCCUAAAAGAACAUGGUUUAUGACAGAGAAGGAGAAGAGGCAAGUGGCCAAGGCAGCUAAGAACUCUAUGGAGAAUGAGAAGGAUUGUGCAAACAAGGUAGUAAGUGCUGAACAAGCAGAAGAUCUCAGGAUGAAGGAAAAGAGAAAAAGAGAACAUGAGAAACAUCUGCCUAGAAAGAAGAGGAGGAAGUUGGAAGCGGCUCGAGAACAAUUAGAAGAUGAGAAUUCUUCAGACGAUAGAAAUGACAAAACAAAGAAAGGUAAGAAGGGUGAAAUAAAGCUUGUUGAUAUUGCGUACCGUCGGGCAAAGGCAGUGAAGGCUGCAAAGAAGGCAGCUGAUGCUGGAAAGGUCAUAAGAAAGGCAGGGAAAAACAGAAAACGAACUGCCCAAGUAACUCAAUCAAGGACUGAGGAGAUGCGAGAACUAUUCAAAGGUGAUAUGAGUGAGGAUAAAAUGAAUAAACCCCGUUCUGCUGCUGGAAAAAAGAAAUCCUCAUUCAAAAGCAAGUCAAGGUAUAAGCGAAGGUAAUAGCUCGUUGGGUAGAACUGAUAUUAUUUAAUUUGACGGUAGAAAAGCUUAUUUGACACCAUGAGGCUAAGUUAUUCAAAAGCGGACACUUGAAGAAACAAUUUGGAGUUCAUCCAUUAACACACACACACGUGUCUGUGUGUAUACAAUGCUUGGUUGUACCAUCAGGUCCUUCAGAUAUAGUUUUCCAUUCUAUUCAAUUGAAGUUAGUGUUCCUAAAAUGUAUCCCAUUGCACAAUUUUUAUUUGCU